AGAGAGGGAGAGAGAAAGAUUGUGUGUCCUGUCUAGUUUCACAAGGGAGAGAGAGAAAGAGCAGGGAAGGUUUGCAGCGUGGUUUACGUGCACAGCAGAGGCAGACUGAAAGAGGUGGGAGUCCACUUGUUGGUGCCACUUUGAAGAUAUUCUUAAUGCUGGGGACAAGAAUUUGAUAUCUGCCACACAUAACGGAUAACAGAUCACAUGCAGUCUCAGCAACGUGUGGAAGUGGCUGGCAACCCAAAUGGCUCCCGGAUUGUCUUCUCCAGGGAGCCUGGAGUUCCUUCAGGUCAGCAGAUCCUAACUUCUCCAGAGCUGACCCAAGAGGUGGUCAUCUCCCCUGGACUCCCUACUCCUCCUCUGAGUCCUUUUCGCUCAGCGAGGCAGCCAUCUGGGGAGUUGAAGGCAACAGAGGUGAAUGGAAGUGGCCCAACAACUCUCAGCUUUGGAUCAUACUAUGGCCCCUCACAAUCAUACGGGGGGCUGUCUAAUGGCGUCCAGGCCGCUGCCACUCUACCACGUAGCUGGACUCCCACCAGAGAAGAGAGACUUAUCAAGUUUUCAGGAAUCGGUCCGGUGGAUGAGACAGGGAUGCCCAUUGCCUCGAGAUCAAGUGUGAACAAGCCCAGAGACUGGUACAAGAGCAUGUUCAGACAGAUUCACAAGAAGCCAGAGGAACUUGAUUUGGAAGAGUCAGAGAGGUGGUCAGCCGAACGGCUCCAGUUAUCUGCCAACACAGAGGGAAACAAUGAAGCAGACAAUAAUCUCUUCAAACUAACACCUUAUGGAGCCCUACCAGACUGGAGCGAGGAUGUAGAUAAGUUGUCAGAUCUGGGAAAACAGCACCCUCAGCCGAAGAGCAUAUUCGACUUUGAGCCUGGAAAGAGCACCGCCUCUGAAAGCCACAGCCAGGUCCACAGCCAGACUCAUUUGGCACCGAAGAAGCAGCCUGAGAAACCCAAGUCCCCUUCAAUUGAGGCCAGUCUAGUCUCUGAGCUGAGUCGGUUCGAGGCUGAGCUGGACUCGGAGAUCCAGGGCCUGGAGAGGAGACUUUCCCAGAAGAAGCAGCGUCGAGGCCGGGGUGAGGAGGCCAGAGGCAGGGAUCCAGUGGCUGCUGCAAAGACUGCGACUACAAACUACAGCAAUUCAUCAGCAUCAAAGCAGCCUUUCCAUCACUCUGUUGGCCCAUCAUCAGCCUCCGCUCCAACAUAUGUAGAACGUCUCUCUCCUGCAAAUGAAACCAUGGAGCGCUCUCCUAAGAAAGAGGAGAAGAAGAUGAAAGCAGCGCGAGCCAAGUUCAAUUUCCAGGCUCAGUCACCCAAGGAGCUCACACUGCAGAAAGGCGACAUUGUUUACAUCCACAGGAAGGUAGACAACAAUUGGUUUGAAGGAGAACAUCAUGGCAGAGCUGGCAUUUUCCCUACAACCUAUGUGGAGAUUCUGCCUCCUUCAGAGAAGCCGACACCUAUAAAGUCUCCCACUCUACAGGUGUUGGACUAUGGGGAAGCUGUGGCUCUGUUUAAUUUUAACGGCGACCUUCCGGUUGAACUCUCUUUUCGUAAAGGUGAGAUAAUCAGCAUAACCAGGCGUGUUGACGACAAGUGGCUGGAGGGAAGGAUCUCAGGGACCAACCGGAGUGGCAUCUUCCCCGCCACUUAUGUUCAGGUCAACAAGAUGCCCCGCACCAAAUACUCCACAGACGACUACCCAGCGGGCCCCAUGUCUCCCAUCUCCCCUGGACCCCAGAGUCCAGGACGUCCACUCCACUCACCCUGCCUGCGGUCACCAAUGUCCCCUUUCACCCCCACCUCCCUCAGCCCCCAACCCGAGCACUCCCCCUUGAAGCCGUCUUCACCUGUUCCUAGCCCGACUUCACAGUCACGCUCCCCCACCCAGACACCCGUACCCAAAGAAUCGGCCUAUCGGUGGCCCCACAAUACCUCCACAACUGCUUCACCCACCAACCAGAACAGCCACUGGGGUGGGACACACUCAGCUAACCAGAGCUCUGCGGGUAGAGCUGUUUCACCAAUCACUCAGUCGUCAGCAUCAGUGCACAGAGCAGGAGCCACCACAGCGAACACUCCCAGACACACUGACCCCUCACAGGGUGCAACAACAAACCGAGCUGCUCCGUCUAAUCCACACGUCAACUCCCUCCCGCCAACACAUGUGCCAAACAAGGCUGGCUCCACAGUGGUGCAACGCCAACCAUAUAAAGCUGUUUAUAACUACAAACCACAGAAUUCAGACGAGUUGGAGCUCAGAGAAGGAGAUGUUGUACAAGUGAUGGAGAAAUGUGAUGAUGGCUGGUUUGUAGGUACGUCAGAACGGACUCAUGCUUUUGGGACUUUUCCCGGGAAUUAUGUGGCACCAGUUUGACUUCCUCACUUCCUGCUUGCCCUCAUUCACCUGGAUUCUUAUGAACCCGACCAAUCACUCCAGCUCACUCCAGCAGAUCCUGCUUUUGACACCCCAGCAUUCUUCAUCCCACCACACUCCCAAACCUGCUUUAGUCAGGCCUGCAUGUUCACUCUGUUUCCCAGAACAGAGGUGAAGACAGGGACAUUGUGUGGUUUCUCACCUCACCUCCCCGCAUGAGUACACGUGUGUGUGUGUGUGUGUGUGUGUGUGUGUGUGUGUGUGUGUGUGUGUGUGUUGCUCUGGGACUUGGCGUUUUCACACACACCAUCUCAGAGGAAAGACUGAAUGCUGAUGAUACUGUUUCAGUUGCAAAGAAUGGAGUUUUUUUUGCUCCACAACUAUUUGCAGCUGCAGGAAAUUUGCAUUCCUUCCCAGUGAACAGCACUGUUCCUUCUAAGUUCCUGAUACAGUAUGAUGCUGCAUUCAGCCUUUUGUCACCACAGUGCCAUAACAAACCACUGCUGAGAAUUUUGAAUUAGAAUGGCACAUUUUUCUGGUAUUUCGCUGGACGAUUAAUGUUUCCGUAAAAUGUCUCCCCCAGAUUUUCUUUCAGAUCUCUGAAAAUACCCUGGGCAGUUUGAGGAAACAACAUGAACAUCUGUAGACAUGUGCUUAAAGUAAAGAACAGCAAGGGUUCAGACACGUCAUGAUAUGGUUAUAGCCUUCCACAAGGCUUUUCAGAGGAACAAAAUAAUUAAGGCAUGUACUGGUUUCUUUUUAUUCAAUGCAGCAUUUUUCUUUUUUGGAGUCUGUCCCUUCAUGAUGACGAAAGUAAAAAGAGAAAUUAGAUAGUCUUCUGAGAUGUAAUGGAAAUUGCUUUGCUCUGAAAUUCAAUUUCAAAUCUCUGUAAGUUGUACAAGAUCAGGUGUGUUGAGUGUCUCAAAGUAUGUAAUCUAGAUAAUGCCUCCAAAGCAGAUGAGCGAAUGGUCUUCUGACAUAUUUAAAGUAUUGCUGUAUGUGCCAAAUCUAACCUUUUAUGACAUGUCUGUGUUAAAACAUUCUCAGCUCACUUUAUUUCUGCCAUGUUUACUACUACUGCUUUUAUAAUGUUUUCUCUGCUUUAGUUACAGGGUUAACAUUGUCACGUUGACGACAGUAUUCAGAAUUCACUUAUGUUUGUGCCAGUGCAACCAAGUGUGAGCUUUCUAAACCUAAUUAAAAACCCCUAUCAUGAAGUCAUUUGCAAUUUUUUAUGAUUUAUUCAUGAUUUCUCUGUAAAAAUGAAUCACGUGCAGUAGACACAGAAGAUGAUUGUACAGGCUGUAACCUUUUAUCAAAUUUGAAAGUAUAAUAUAUAUUUGCUUAUAAAACUAUGUAUCUUAUAUGUAUGGUACGCAUUUUUUUAAAGCAAUUAAACAUUACAGAGUGAUA